AUGUCCAACUCAUCAACUCUUUAUACCUAUGAACUCAGUGACUUGACUGCAUGGGAUGUCGCAAAUGUCUUAGAGUUUGCUACUUCUCAAUUCACCAGCAUCUGGCUUGUGUGUCACCAGAACAACAUACCUCGGAUGCCCACAUACAAAUUUAGCUUCAUCCGGCACCUUCAAUGGGAGGUAGAUUGUUUUGUGUUCCCAUACAUACAUGUAUUGUUGGUCCUCAACAUCCAUCCAACCAUGCCUGACCUCCUCCGCACCUUGAUUGGCUGGUUUUCCCGAUUCCAAACUGGGAUCAUAACCACCAAGCAGCUGCACAAUGAAUUCUUCCUGCACUGUUCUCCCAAUGGUCCUCAAGUGAGCUCCAAUCACCGCAUGGUUCUGAACUACCGCUAUGAUUGGUGGAAGGAUCGCUUCGACUGUUUGGGGUUGGAGCUGCCGGUCUUGAAUGUGCAUGAGGUCAUGGAGAUGACCCAAGACCACUUUGAACAACUGCCAAUGGGAGCCAUGCUUGUGCUGGGUCCUGCUGUGACCAGUCAAGUGGACGGCGAUGCCCUCUUCAAUCAAAUUGUCACAGUCAGAACCCACCUUCAACAUCUUGGUGAGGCGAUGGCUUCUUUGCUGGAGCAGAAGCACCAGAUCGCGGCUGCAGCCGCAUCCACCAUGUCGCAACUUGAGGCACUGAUCGCUGAACUUGAACAAGUGCUCUUGAAUUCCCGUCGGCAAUUUGCUGGCAAGCCCUGA